CAAAGCAAAAAGGCAGUGGGAGGCCGUAGUCCUUGCGGAUCAGGCCUGCGGGCAAGAUGAUGCUCUCGCGGCUCAAGCCCGCUGUUGGGGGCGGGCCUCCAACUGCGGACAAACGUAAAAAGAAAGGCAAACGGAUCCCGCAACUAGAGGAGCUGCUGAACCACCGAGAUUUCACUGGGGCUAUCGCCCUUCUGGAGUUUAAGCGUCAUGCUGGAGAACAAGAAGAAGAUGCAGACCUCUGGAUUGGAUAUUGUGCUUUCCAUCUGGGUGAUUACAAGAGAGCACUGGAGGAGUAUGAAAAUUUGACCAAGCAAUCUGGUUGCAACCCUGAUGUUUGGGUGAAUCUGGCAUGCACUUACUUCUUCUUGGGAAUGUAUACACAAGCUGAACAGGCAGCACUGAAAGCUCCCAAAAGUAGACUUCAGAAUCGUCUGCUGUUCCAUCUAGCACACAAGUUUGGUGAUGAGAAGAAACUGAUGAGCUUCCACCAAAAUCUGCAGGACAUAACGGAAGAUCAACUUAGCUUAGCAUCUAUACAUUAUAUGCGAUCUCACUACCAAGAGGCCAUUGAUAUCUACAAACGCAUACUACUUGAUAAUAGGGAAUAUCUGGCCCUUAAUGUAUAUGUGGCCCUCUGCUACUACAAGCUGGAUUACUACGAUGUGUCCCAAGAGGUGCUAGCCGUUUACCUUCAGCAGGUUCCUGAUAGUACAAUUGCUCUUAACUUAAAGGCUUGUAAUCAUUUCCGACUCUAUAAGGGGAAGGCUGCUGAGGCAGAGCUUAAAAGCUUGAUGGACAGUGCCUCAACAUCUUUUGAGUUUGCCAAGGAACUUAUUAAGCAUAAUCUGGUAGUAUUCCGAGGAGGAGAAGGAGCUCUCCAAGUACUUCCUCCCCUGGUUGAUGUCAUUCCUGAAGCUAGAUUGAAUCUAGUAAUUUACUACCUCCGACAAGAUGAUGUGCAGGAAGCUUACAACCUGAUUAAAGACCUGGAACCUACAACUCCACAGGAGUAUAUUCUCAAGGGAGUGGUGAAUGCAGUCCUUGGGCAGGAAAUGGGAUCAAGAGAUCAUUUGAAAAUUGCUCAGCAGUUCUUCCAGCUUGUUGGAGGAUCAGCCAGUGAAUGUGAUACAGUUCCUGGAAGACAGUGUAUGGCAUCUUGCUUCUUUCUGCUCCGACAGUUUGAUGAUGUUCUAAUUUACCUCAACUCAGUAAAGAGUUACUUCUACAAUGAUGACACUUUUAAUUUCAACUAUGCCCAAGCCAAAGCUGCUACUGGCAAUACUAGUGAGGCUGAGGAGGUGUUUCUCUUGAUUCAAAGUGAGAAAAUAAAGAGUGAUUUUGUUUUCCUCAGCUGGCUGGCUCGUUGCUACAUUAUGAAUAAGAAGCCACGACUAGCCUGGGAGCUGUACCUGAAGAUGGAAACCUCAGGGGAGUCCUUUAGCCUUUUGCAGCUAAUUGCAAAUGACUGCUAUAAAAUGGGCCAAUUCUACUAUUCUGCAAAAGCAUUUGAUGUCCUGGAAAGACUGGAUCCUAACCCAGAAUAUUGGGAAGGCAAAAGGGGUGCCUGUGUUGGCAUCUUCCAGAUGAUCAUAGCUGGUAGAGAACCUAAAGAUACCCUACGGGAGGUGCUGCAUCUCUUGAGAAGUACAGGUAACCCACAGGUCGAAUACAUCGCCCGUAUAAUGAAGAAAUGGGCCAAGGAAAACAGAGUUCCCCUUUAAACCCAGCAUUGCCAAGAGAACGGAAGCAGCCAUCACCUGUGUUGUGCCUAUUUGAAUAGCAUCACAUUUUCUGACAGCAUCCUAGAGAAUGCAGCAAUGCAAGAUAUUCAGAAUAGAUCGGUAUUUUUAUAUUAAUGUCAUGUAUUUGUGAGGAAUGAGUUAAUGCAGCAUAUCAGAGGUUCCAUGUUAUUUUGUACUACAAUUUCAAACAUUCAGCUGUCCAUGCUAGUGACAGCGCACUGGUUGUUCGAACAGUGUGAACUCAGCAAUAUUUGUACUGAGAUAGUUCAAGAAUUGGCCUGUACUGUGUACAGAUGGGACCAAGUUUCACUGUUUCCAUUUCCUUAGAGUAUAAAAUGUACUCAAGAAAAAGUCACAUUUAUACUAAGACUUUUUGUUAUUAUGAAUAUUUCUGAAUCAGAACAAAACUCGGGAAUUUUCACAUGGUAGGAAAGAUCAUUUGACUUGCUUUUAAUGUCUAUGGCCUAAUGCGCACUGAGAACAGAAAGAAAAUAGUCUAUUUCAAUUGUUAUUGUAUACUGCUCAUAGCUAUGUCUGAUUCUAUUCUUGUUUUCUGAUUAAGGCAUGGCUGCAGGCUUUGGUACUCAACAACUACCAUGCCAGGCUGAAAGGUGUUUAUUUUCCCUUUGCAAUGUUUGUUAAUAGCUUGAGGAAGUUGUGGGAGAGGAGGAAUUCUUUUCAGACAAUAUACUAUUGAAUUUCUAAUGGUAAGAGUGUAAAAAGGUACAAAAGAACACACAUACACUGACAUAUGUAAAAUACACUUGUACAGUUUUAUAUAGUUCAAGUUGAUUUUUAUACUUUCUAUAGAAAAGUAUGUUGGUAAACUGACCCAAAUUUCACUCUUGAG